AUGAAUAAAGACAAAAAAACAACUUUGUCUUCAAUUCACCACCCACCUCGCCACCAAAAGUGGUUAACAGGUUUCGUUCAAAAAUUAACAACUUCAAUCCUUGACUCAGGAAUUCCUAAACCUUAGAGGAGGUUUCGUUCAAGACCAAUGAAGUGGAUAAUUAGUCCAGUCUUUCAAUCUCUUUCCCUUGAUCAGGGAGCAUAUCGUUGUGUUGGACUUUUACUUGAACCACCCUCCCCCCCUCGCCCCAACACCCAUGCUCACACACACAAAAAAGAAAAGAAGGAAAUCUUAUCUUCAUAGUUGAUACAGACAGUGCAUAACUUGUUAAACCUAACACUUGUAUAUGCCUUACUGUAAAGAUAGAGUACUGACGUUUUUGUAAUUAUUUGCUAUUCCUAUUUAUCUUAGCUGGAUCACUGUUCUUGUUUGAUCGAAAAACACUUCGUUAUUUUCGCAAGGAUGGUCAUAGGUGGAGGAAGAAAAAAGAUGGGAAAACUGUUAGAGAAGCUCAUGAAAAGUUGAAGGCUGGUAAUGUUGAUGUCCUGAAUUGUUACUAUGCUCAUGGGGAGGAUAAUGAGAACUUUCAAAGGAGAAGUUAUUGGAUGCUUGAUGAGCAGUUAGAGCACAUUGUUCUUGUACAUUAUCGUCAUAUUAAAGAGGGUUACAAGUCCGGCGUCUCACAUUCCCCUGCAGCUCCUGUAUCCUUGGUUGGUAGCUCUCGAACAAGUUCAGCGCCUUCCUCUGUCAAAAUAGAGUCACCUAUAUCUGUAUUUCAAACAUCUGUUUCAUCAACUGCAAAUGAAGUUGAGCAGGCUGGACGAGCUUCAGUGUGUGAUGAUCGGCACUCAGAGAAUGGUCCUCAAGUCUUGUCUCAUGCUCGGCCUAUUGACACUUCAAUUCCUCACAAUGCACGGCUGCUUGGACAUGAAGCCACUGGUUUUGCUGAGUUGAUGAGGGACCCUCUUAUUUCAUGGUCAUCUUCUCUCCCUAGCUUUUAUCCUGGCUCUGGCUUAUCAUUAUGUGCAACAAUAGAGAACACUAUUAGAACCACAGUUGAUAUGAAUGAUGGAGAACUUCAUGUAGAAGCAGAUACCAUAAAUCAGCAUGUUCAAAAUUUCAGAGAUAGGCUCAUGACUGAUGUGUGCAUACAGCCAGUUACAGGAAUGUUACAUGCUGUAAAUCAGGUUUAGGAAUG